CUAUACCUUCGUCGUCAGAAGCAGUGGAACUCUAAGAAUCUGCACCACAAAAUGAAUAAUGUCAAGGGGAUUUAAUGAUAUUCUGACGGUGUUGCGGUUGCGGUUCUGCUGUCGGUUCGGCGCGUCGGGAACUAGUGAUUAGUGAAAUUGGUCAGCUGCCUUCAUUAGUAGUUUCGUUGAUCUUUAUUGUACAUAUAUGGGUAGCUUUUUCAACAUUGCGAUGUUUAAAUUGCCUUUUAAUAUCUCAAUUGAAAUGUAGUCGAUGAAGUGCGCUUAUUGAUAAAGAGAGACACGAUAUGAAUGAUACGAGAUAAGGAUGGAUUAUGUCAGUCGGGAGAAAUAAUUCGUCUGUAGGAGCUUUCGGGUGUUAACGGCACUCAUCGGGAUUUGAUGAAUCACUGCAUUAUGAAAAAAUGCUAUGAGUGUUAGUGCAGUGAAGUCAGCAAACAAUGGAAAACUCAUGUGACACCUUGUGAUCGGCGUGGGAUUUUGUUGUCAUUGCAGGAUUUGCGUUCCCGUAGUCUUCGUGAUGGAUCCGUACGUUCGCAAAAUGAGCCAGUUGUGCGUGAGCGAAGGCCCGGGCGAGGAGGCGGGCGGAGGCUACGGGCGCAUCGCCCCGCGGGCGGCCGAAGGCGGAGGGCGGGUGCGUGCCGUGGGCGCGAUCGAGAGCUUCGCGGUGCAGGGCGCGGGUGGCGCGCCGCCGCCGCCCAAGGCUCAACCCCCGCCCGACUACAAGCUGUACGAGCGCGGGAACAUCAUCGCGGCCUCCAAGUUCGCGACGCCCAAACAAGUGGAAACCCUCGCGUCGCAGUUGCCGAGAGCUGGCCCCGACGGCUCGCCCCUCGGCCCUACGCCCGCCGCGUCGCCGGUGCCUGCGCUGGGUCCCGGACCCGCCUCUGCUCCCGCCCUCGCUCCCGCCGUUAACCCCAAUCCCUCUCCCGUUGGAUCCGCCGCGUACAACAACAGCGGCUCACCUUUGUAUGAGAACGUUGAUUAUUAUGGCACCCGCAUGACCCAUCCCCCUUACUACCACCAGUUGCCUCACGUCGGCAGCCCCCAUUCCAGUCGCAGUUCUCAGGAUUCCAAACAUUCCAGUCCACGAUCGAGUUUCGUGGACGCCAAUGUGUCACAGUAUGAAUCUAGUUACCGCAAAGCCCAACCCCAGGUUCCUCCGGGAACAAAGUAUGCCAUGCUUCCUGGCUUGACGAAAGAUUUCCCUCCGUAUGAAGCGCCACCGGUUUAUGAAAAUCUUCAGGAGCUACAGUCUUCAACUUCAUUGCACAAUAGCAAAUCCCCAAAUUAUGAACCUGCCAAGCCAGGACCACAAGUGGCUGUGGCCACUGCUCCCCUGACUGUGGGUCCUGCAUCCGGAAGUGCGUUGCUGGCUGAGGUAGUCAGUCCAAUGUCUUCACAUUCGCUACCCUCUCAUGUUCCUGCUCAUACUCAUGGGCUCCCGCUGACAGCAGAUGCGUCUAUGGGGAAUCCACCUGCAUUUGUUCAUGCCCAGUUUCAGCAAGCUCCAAGUGUGCAUGAGGAGGAUAUCAUGGGUGUGCCAGAAUCACCAUCUAAGACUCAGAGACUUCCUGCUGGACCAGGAUCACUGGGUGGAUCGCUGAAAUCACAUUUGAAUGCAGCUGGUGACUACGUCGUAAUGACUGGAAACAACACUACACGUCCUGUGCAACUAGCUACCAGCUAUCAGCGAGGAACCACAUCAGGUGUGGCCAAUGCAGUGUAUGUAUCAAUGGCCUCCCAACAGCCAUCAGUUCCUGACCCACACAGCUCUGAACAGACACCUCCAGUUUGCACGUCACCCCUAAGUAAGAUGAAACCAGCGAGUGGAAAGGCUCUUUUGCCCUACAGUGUAACACCUCCACGCCCCAUGGGCCCAACAGAGGCAGAGAGAAAAAUUGAGGAGCUGACACGACAAUUAGAAGAGGAGAUGGAAAAACAGGAGGAAGAGGGGGAGUAUUUUGGUAUUUGUCACACUUGUGGUGAGAAAGUGACUGGUGCUGGACAAGCAUGUCAGGCAAUGGGGAACCUAUACCACACAAACUGCUUCAUUUGCUGUUCGUGUGGCCGAGCAUUGCGUGGCAAGGCUUUCUACAAUGUCCAUGGAAGGGUUUAUUGUGAAGAGGACUAUUUGUACUCAGGAUUUCAACAAACAGCAGAGAAGUGUGCGAUAUGCGGUCAUCUAAUAAUGGAAAUGAUACUACAAGCAAUGGGAAAGUCUUACCACCCAGGCUGCUUCCGCUGUUGUGUGUGCAAUGAGUGCCUCGAUGGAGUUCCUUUUACAGUGGAUGUAGACAACAAAAUAUAUUGUGUUAAUGAUUAUCACAGAAUGUUUGCUCCAAAGUGUGCUGCUUGUGGGAAAGGAAUUACACCCGUGGAGGGGACAGAAGAAACUGUAAGAGUAGUGUCAAUGGACAAAGAUUUUCAUGUAGAUUGCUACAUAUGUGAAGACUGUGGAAUGCAGCUCACAGACGAACCAGACAAACGUUGUUACCCACUGGAUGGGCAUUUGUUGUGCCGGGCAUGCCAUAUACAACGUCUUAGCCUUCCUCAGCAGUCUCGCCAACUUCAGGGUGUUCCUGCAAGCUACCAGUAUUUGGGUUAAAUAAGCUUCAUAACUUGAUCUAAUCCAAGGAGGGUAUGUGUGCAUAAAGUGUUUUAAUUGUACUUGUAGUGUAAAUCAGAUAAGGUACUCAGUUAUGUUGUAUGAGGAGAAAUGUGCUUUUGUAUGUGAAAUUCAUUCGCACAUUCCAAAUGUGAUGUCUGUAUAUAAGUAAGUGUUGCUGUUAUAUUUUCAUUGUAUUCCUUUAAUAUAUUUGUUCAUGCUACCAUUCAUUUAUGGAAAGUCUUCUAAAAUUAUUUCAUUGUCAAAGGGAGUAAUGUUCUAUUUUUGUGAUUUCAAUCGGGAAAUAUGCUCACAAAUUCUUUUUUGUAAAUUUUAUCUAAAAUGUCAUUGAGUAUUACUUAUUAAAAUAUUAAGGCUAAGUGAUGUUUUGUAUGCUCAUUUAUAUGCUGUUAGAAAGAGAGAGAGAGAGAGAGAGAAAUAGAACAACGUAAAGUUUUCAGUGGACUUUUGACAAGCUUAUCAGACUGCAUUAUAAAAUGUUCUUUUUCUUCAAAGUAGUAGUUCACGUUGCCUUAAUUUUAUUACAAUAAAUAAAUAUUAUUCAGAAUUUAAAAAAUUGAUUCAUAUUGUAUAAUGGAAACUCCUAAUUUCCAAGAUGUUUUUCUUCUUUUCACUUCUUACGUGUUCUUUGUUAAAUAUUAAACAUAAAAGCAUUCUCUUGACAAGUAUACUUCAAUUUUAAUUCUAGUUCCCACCUUAUUAUGACAUUGUACUGACAAAUUGUAUAAUAAGAGUCAAUUGUAAGGAAAAUGUGUGCUAUUUAUUAUCUCUUAUGAUUUGAGCUCCAUUUAUUUGAGAAGUUACUCUACGAUACAUUCUCUCAUUAAAUGAGAAUGUUUCUACAAAUCGUACAUCACUCUGUGGAUGUCUCUGUGGAAAACUUUAUACCUGUUUGAACCAGUUUGAUUGGUAAUUUCCAUGGAAAUGCUCCUGCAUCUUAUAAGUAGACUAAGGAUUUUUAGGCAAAUGACUUUCACUCUUUUUGACAUUAAUACUCAAAAUGAAUUAUGGAUACAUAUGAUGACAUAACUUAAAUAAUAAUAAAAGAAUCAUAUUAAUAGUGACUAAAAAUGCAUAUUUGUACUGGAAAAGCCUAAAAAUACUGCUGUUUGCAUCAAAAUAGAGAUAGACAAUUAGUAUAGUGUAUAAUUCCUACAUGAAAAAUACACUAGACACAAGUAUUGACUAGGAAGAUAAUUUUAUGCAAAUUAAAUUAUUCUGAGUUAAACAGGCAUAACAGUUAUAGAUUUUACAUUUAUAACCUGUGCUACUUUUCAUAUUUUAUAAGCAUGUUUUUAAUAAAGUAGUUUUAAGUAAAAUAAAAAAUACAUGAACAAUUUUUGUCAUGCUAAUUUGUACUGUCUAUUUAAGUAAUAAUGCAACCUACUUUCACCUUUCAAGAGCAUGUUGUAGGUGUCUAAACUAGGAUAAUUUUAGUCAAAAUAUCCGAAGUCUACUUGUAAGUGGCAUUCUUCUUUUAUUCAAGAUUAUUUAUUUUGUCAAACCAUACAAAUUAACUCAAAUAGGAUAUUGGAAAUGAAAAGUUGUGAGGAGCUGAAGAAAUAAUUAAUGAGGGUAGUUAUCUUAAGCAGUGAAAUAUGUUCAGUUAUUAUAUUAGGUAAUAAUAAUUUUAUAUUCAAAUUAGCGUGAAAAGACAAUUCACUGUUUAUUCCGUUUUACAUUGUUGGGCAGUUUAUUAGGAUAUUUUUUGACUUCAAGAAUGCAACUUAGCAAAUGCUCAUUUAUUUGAAAUUGUUCUUCAGAUGAACUUUCUUCAUUGUAGUUGGCACUAAUUUGAGGAUGCUAUGUGGAGAAGUUAAAGACACUAAAGCCUAAUUGUUUGAUCUUUGUGAAAUAAAACUUGAGAACUUAGUGGGCCAACUACAAUCUGUUUUAAGGGUAUGAGUGACCCAACUGGCAUCUGUUAGCAUUGCCAUUACUGUGGCUCUCGCGGCCUAAAUUCAAGUACCAUGUUUUGUGUACGUAGUUGAUAAAUUCUCUUGAAUUUUACUUAAAUUUAUUUUUAACCCCGAAUCACAUAUAUACUGCCAGAUUCAUUCGGGAAAUAGAGUUUUCAAAGCAUGUAAAUAUUCUUAAUUUAUUUGUAUAAUAAGAAAAGACUAAGAAGAACUAAGCAGUAUGGUCAUUUGGUAUGGCCUUAUCAGAUCAAAUGGAAAGAGAGCCAUGUAGUUUAUACAUCAUUUGGUUUUGUGAAAAUAAUUUUGUAGUUUUUAAUUGUCUGUCUACUUCAUUAUGAUUGUCUUAGUACAUAUAACAUCACAGAGGAGAAGGCAUGUCAAGUGGAAAUAAAAGUACUUAAAUGUUAGCUCUGCAUUUUUCAUGCGCAAUCUUUCAUCUGUUUAUACUCGUAUUAUGAACAUUGUUUUUGCAUCACAGUGGUGCUUGCAGUCUCUUUAGAGCUCUGACAAACAAUUAGACUUGUCAGAGUAAAAUUAGCAAAACAUUGAGUAUAAUCUACAUGGCAGUUGAAUUCUGAUUGACUGUAUUGGAAUUUUGGACCCAUUUUCUUGAAUUAAAUCUUAAUAUAAAAUGAAAGUAUUAUGCUCCUCCUUUCUCUCCUUUAGAGAAUUACAUCUAUUAAAGCUUUAUGAUCAGUGUUGAUAAAAUGUUCUUGAAAAAUUGACAUGCAGCUGCCUUUAUUGGUCCAAUACUCAAUACUCUUGCC